CUUCCUUCUACAUUUAGCUGGUCGCUUCUCCAUGAAUCCCUCCACACUUGUCUCUCCCCAUUGAUUUCUUUAUUUUAUUUUUAAAUUCAGAAAUAGCUACAUAUUGCUUGAGAUUUGUUAGGCGGUUGCACGGAAAAAAGCAACAACACAAGGAAAGAGCGAUUGCUGAAUCGUUUGAAUGGCGACGUUCAGCGAAGCACCGGCUGGCGACGCGAAAUCCGGCGAGAAGAUCUUCAAAACUAAGUGCGCGCAGUGCCACACCGCCGAGAAAGGCGCCGGCCACAAACAAGGUCCUAACUUGAAUGGCCUAUUUGGCAGACAAUCCGGUACAACCCCCGGUUAUUCUUACUCAGCUGCAAACAAGAACAUGGCUGUGACUUGGGGAGAGAACACACUAUAUGACUACUUGCUAAAUCCAAAGAAGUACAUUCCCGGAACUAAGAUGGUUUUCCCUGGGUUGAAGAAACCUCAAGAGCGUGCAGAUCUGAUUGCAUAUCUCAAGGAGGCUACUGCUUGAGAACUCAGAGCUAGUGUUUUUAGUUUCCUGAUGAGCUAAGAGAUACAUAAAUUGUUGUUUUUUUCAAGACAAAUUAAGUACUUAGUUAGAUGCUUUGGUAGAUGAGAGCAUCAUAUUUUUACAUGGCUUUCUUCUACAUAUUGUUCAUGCGGAACCAUUGGUGGACAUCCAUCGCAAAAUAUUAUUAUCUCUAAAUUUAGAAUAUAUAGCCUCUAUUAAUAUG